GGACGCGUAGACAGACACACCGCCACAGCUCCUCACGGGAGGGACCACAGCGGAGUAGCACCCGAGAAAAGCGCUCAAAAUGCGGAUUCAUACGAGACAAGCGCCCGUGUUGGUGGCGGUACUUUUGCACAUCUGUCUGAGCACGUCGCUCGACCCCGCCUUGUUCCCACGGGCACAGAACAUCACAUGGAGGUCCAGUAACUUCAAAACAGUGUUGACCUGGGGCCCAGAGCCUACUGCCGAGUACUCCUACACCGUCGAGUUCUCACAGGUGGGCAGAGACCGUCAGAGGAACCUCCACUGUAUCCAGACGUCCCAGACCAAGUGUGACCUGACCAAUGACCUGAGAGAUCUGCUCGUCUGCUACACCGCCGACAUCAUCUCAGAGCCACCCACGGGAACCACCAACGACCUCCAGGAGUACCCCCAUGCCAGCUCCCCGCGCUUCUGCCCUUAUAAUGACUCCAAGCUCCUGAGCCCGUCCUUUAAACUGGAGGUCAGUCCGGAUGAGAGGAAGACCACUGUCCACGUCACGGACCCCCUGACCGCCGCCUUUCAAGACGGCCGCCAGCUCAGCAUCAGGGAUGUGUUCAGAGACGAGCUGGAGUACAAGGUCACCUACUGGAAGAACAAGAGCACGGGCAAGAAAGUGGCCACCUCCAGCUCUAACUUGGUGGAGGUGCCUGGUUUGGACCGGGGGCAGAGCUACUGUUUCCAGGUGCAGGCUAAGGUCCGAUCCAGACCCACAUCCUCACAGCUGGGUGAGUUCAGCCAGACCCAGUGCACCAACCAGCGGGACCCUUCACUCCUGGACCAGUACUCAGUGGGUGUGAUCGCUGCAGCCGUGCUGCUGCCCCUCCUGCUGGUGGGAGGGCUCAUUGCACUGAUUGUGAUUUGCUGCAGACGCAGGAGUGAGAAGAGAAGCAGUGUGAAAGAGAAGGAGGCCGAAGCGCUAAACGUGUGACUGUGAGUGUGGGGCUGUGAACGCACCGUGAUGCAUUCGCUGACUUUAGUUUCCGUGAAACUGCACCACACACGUCAGUAGUGGUUAUGUACUGUAUAAAUGUAAUAUAUGUUUGUAUGGAGUAUAAGGGAACACUAAGCUGGGGCUGUGCUCUGGUCUAAUGCCUGCUGUUUAAUAUGAAUGUAUUUUACUGUAUCAUGUGGCCAGUGUAGGAAAUAAAAACACGCUAUAGGUUGGGUUUAUGUGAACCAAUAUACCAAUGUAGAAUUGUCAACAUUCUAGAAUUCCUCUUCUUCUAAUCUGAGGCAGGAGUUUGAUGUGAAACUGUCAGAUUGCAGAUUUGUGGACCUGUUUAUGGUUCAUAUCUCUAUUUUUUUUUCCUCAGAAGAAAAAAGUGCCAUUAUUAAACUCCAAAGACGUAAUGUUGUCCGGUGAAAAACCAGGCCUUUGCUCCACCUGAGACUAUGACAUCAAAAUUCAAGAAUGUUGACAUCCUGAGUUAUACCUUUAGUUUUGGGGGUUUUUAAUGUUUAAUUUAAUGUUAUCUACUGAUAGCAGUUCUCACACUUUGAUCCAUCCCGACACUGAUCCUGGGGUAGUGGGUCUGUGGUCCAGCUGCACUUUCACUUGGGACCUUGUCAGCCACAUGAAUCUACAAACUCUUGAUGUGCUCAACUCUUUAUAGAGGGUUACACCUGUCAGUCUGGAGAGAGCCAUCUUAUUUAUGUAAAUCCAGUUUUCACUGUACAAAGGAGAGCGCUGCUGUAACACUGCCCCCUGUCUGUGGAGGGCAGGCCUUACACUCUAACUUCAUAGUUUGUGUAUAUUUGGGGUAGCUAGAGUUAUUGUAUCUUUAUACACCAUUAGCAUUAUAAAGUCCUGUCUCUGCAUUCUGUGUAGCUCUGAGAUAUAAUGGUUUAAUCCAUUUCUGACCAGUCAUGAUCUUUUUUCCAUAAACCUAAAUAAAAUGACCAUACACUUCAGUUUUAUAAAAGUUCAUGAACAACCUUAUCAUUCGAAUGGGAUGCUGUGUGUGUGUGUGUGUGUGUGUGUGUGUGUGUAUACGUGUGUAUACGUGUGUAUGUGUGUGUGUGUAUGUGUGUGUGUGUACGUGUGUGUGCCUGGGUGUUGUCUAGUUGGAUGUAACAUAAUCUUAUAUAAGUGUAUGAGGAAAUGUACUGUAUACUGUAAAGUGGUGGCUCUUAAACACUAGCUCUUUAUUUAUUAUGAUGGGACCGCUGUGGGAAAUCAUAUAUUCUAUUUUUGUAUUAAUUUAUUCUUUUUAGCGUAGAAUACUUUUAUAUGUCUGAUCUUGGCUGAAUGUAAUGAAACAAAUAAUAAAACUAAAACUGAAA